AUGGAGUUGACCUUUGAAAAAUAUCUGGAGUUGGUUGCUGAAGUAAAACAUGACACCGAAAAACUAGUGAAGUUGAUCAAUGAUACAAUGGAGCUCACUGGAAGCGUGUUGGCUGAUUCGAGAAACUGGUCAUUGGAAAUGGAGCUAAAAUAUCCAGAUCAUGGAAAAAAUACUCUCUCCAUUAACAACCACAUCGUGUCAAAUGAAAGGAAGAGAAAUUCUGCAAUCACGCAUGAUGCUGUCGUCUCAAUAAUACCAGCCAAGAAGUCAUCCUAA